UCAAUUGGACUUUUAUCUGACAUUUGCGUCAUAUCGUGCGUGCCUCCCGGCAGUGAAACUCGCUUAUUUUCACACAGGUGAACACCAUCAAAAGCUGACACAGAGCGUCUCGAUAUCAGAAAUGGGCAAAGGCGGCGGAACGUUUGAGAGACUGUUGGAUAAGGCUACCAGUCAGCUGCUGCUGGAGACAGACUGGGAGUCCAUUUUGCAGAUAUGUGACCUCAUUCGGCAAGGAGACACGCAGGCUAAAUAUGCAAUUGGUGCCAUCAAGAAAAAACUCAAUGACAAAAAUCCACAUGUAGCGCUCUAUGCUCUUGAGGUCCUGGAGUCAGUGGUGAAGAACUGUGGCCAGACGAUUCAUGAUGAAGUGGCCUGUAAACAGACGAUGGAAGAGCUGAAGGAGCUGUUCAAGAAACAACCCGAACCGAACGUCAAGAACAAGAUCCUUUAUCUGAUCCAGGCCUGGUCCCACGCCUUCCGCAACGAGCCCAAGUACAAAGUCGUCCAGGACACCUAUCAGAUCCUGAAGGUGGAAGGUCAUGUCUUCCCAGAAUUCAAGGAGAGCGAUGCCAUGUUUGCAGCGGAAAGGGCCCCUGAUUGGGUAGAUGCAGAGGAGUGUCACAGAUGUAGGGUUCAGUUUGGUGUUAUGACCCGAAAGCACCACUGCAGGGCAUGUGGGCAGAUUUUCUGUGGGAAGUGCUCUUCUAAGUGCUCUACCAUUCCCAAGUUUGGCAUUGAGAAGGAGGUUCGUGUGUGUGAGCCCUGCUUCGAGCUUCUCAACAAGAAAGCUGAAGGGAAGGCCGCCAGCGCUGGGCAGCCCGAGCUUCCCCCUGAGUACCUGACCAGCCCUCUGUCCCAGCAGUCUCAGAUGCCUCCUAAGAGAGAUGAGGCUGCGUUGCAGGAAGAGGAGGAGCUUCAGCUGGCCAUUGCACUGUCUCAGAGUGAGGCCGAGGAGAAGGAGAGGAUGAGACAGAAGAACACUUACUCUGCGUACCCCAAAGCUGAUCCCACCCCUGUGACUUCCUCUGCCCCUCCUGUCAGCACUCUCUACUCCUCACCUGUGAACUCAUCGGCUCCAUCAGCUGAAGACGUGGACCCAGAGCUGGCCCGUUACCUAAAUAGAACUUACUGGGAGAAGAAACAGGAAGAGGUUCGCAAGAGUCCCACCCCCUCUGCUCCUGCCCCAGUUUCUCUGGCUGAGCCUGUGCCAAUCAGUCAACCAGUGGAAAGCCACGCUUCAGUCCAACCCAUCAACAUAGUAGAGGUACUUGGACUACUGAAAAUGGAUAAUCAUAAAUUUUUUUUUCUAUCAUGUUCCACGCUGAAUGUCUUGCAUCUGUCUCCUCAGCAGCAGUAUCAGAAUGGAGAAUCUGAGGAGAACCAUGAGCAGUUCCUGAAGGCCCUGCAGAACGCUGUCACCACCUUCCUUAACCGCAUGAAGAGCAACCACAUGCGCGGCCGCAGCAUCACCAACGACAGCGCUGUGCUCUCUCUCUUUCAGUCCAUCAACAACAUGCACCCACAGCUGCUGGAAAUACUCAACCAGCUGGAUGAAAAGAGACUGUACUACGAGGGACUUCAGGACAAACUGGCGCAGGUACGUGACGCGCGGGCAGCACUGAACGCUCUGAGAGAUGAGCACAGGGAGAAACUGAGACGGGCUGCAGAGGAGGCAGAGAGACAGAGACAAAUACAGCUCGCCCAGAAACUAGAGAUCAUGAGGCAGAAGAAACAGGAGUACUUGGAGAUGCAAAGGCAUCUCGCGAUCCAGCGCCUGCAGGAGCAGGAGAAGGAGAGACAGAUGCGUCUGGAGCAGCAGAAGCACACCAUUCAGAUGAGAGCACAGAUGCCUGCGUUCUCGCUGCCUUAUGCACAGAUGCAGUCACUGCCUCCUAAUGUGGCAGGAGGGGUGGUGUAUCCCCCCACUGGCCCUCCCAGUUAUCCUGGCACCUUCAGUCCUGCUGGCUCAGUGGAGGGGUCGCCCAUGCAUGGAGUCUACAUGAACCAGCCCGGGCAGACUGCUGCCGGUGGCCCGUACCAGGCAAUGCCUGUGUCGGCUACAGAUCCCAACAUGGUGAACGCUUACAUGUAUCAGACUGCAGGCACCAGUGGGCAGCAAGCCGCCCCAGGACAAGCCCCUCCCACAACCACCCCUGCCUACACUAACUACCAGCCCACACCCACACAGGGCUACCAGAACGUGGUCUCUCAAGCUCAGAGUUUGCCCCCUAUGUCCCAGGCUCCCCCCACCAACGGUAUUACCUACAUGGGCUACCAGCCAUACAACAUGCAGAAUAUGAUGGCCGCGCUUCCAGGACAAGACCCCAACAUGCCUCCCCAACAGCCCUACAUGCCUGGGCAGCAGCCUAUGUACCAACAGAUGGCUCCCCCCGGCGGUCCACAGCAGCAAUCACAACAGCAGCCGGCGCAGGCUCCUCCGGGCAGUGCAGAGGCUCAGCUCAUUUCAUUUGACUGAUCCUAGCUCAUCAUAUGCCAUUACCCACCAGGUCCAGCACACUACAUUCAACCCUCCCUUACCCUGCUGUUUCUGGGUUCAUUAACCUGCACCUGCUCUCACUUCACUAUGUUCCACAAAUAUUGAAGAUGUACAAAUACAGUAAAAGCAUUCGGCUGAGUCCCCCUCCUCUCCCUGUCUCUUUAAAUGGAGGAGAGGCUACAGAUGGAGCUGGUGGGGAACCUUUGUCUCUUAACUUGAUGAAUCUCACAAAACUCUCUAGAUCAUAUUUACCCCUGAAACAAAAAUAGAACCAACCUAUUUAAGACCAAUAAAUGUUUUUGUGGCAUUAUUAUGAUGGUUAAAUGUGUUUACUCGCUCCGUUCUCAUUAUUGUAAUGCAAAAAAUUGUCAUUUAAAAUGUAAAGUAGUUACAUUGUAAUAUUUGUUGUACUGCCUUUAUCCUGAUAUCACCAUUUUAAAAUGACUGUGUAUUAGUAAUGAGAUACACCAUUGACAAUUAUGAGAAUUACUAAAAACAAGAAGUCAUCUCGACACAUUGAAGUUAUGAGAGUUUUGGUGAAAAUAUGCUUUGACAAUGAUUCAAAAAAUCUUAAUGGUUCUAGAAUAAAAUGCCUUUUCUUGUGUUUAUGGAAAUGUAUAAAGCCCAUUUCUGCAACGUAAGAUACCAAGUCAUAAUUGACACAGUAUUUCUUUUGUCUUGUAAUUGAUGUCGUAAUUUCAACUUAUUUCUGUAUCAUAAUUAUCACUUAGCAUCUCAAAUCAAAAUUGACAUUGUAAGCCAUAAUUAAAAGAUCAAAAGUAAAAAAAAAUUUAGAAAAAGUUUUGAUUUGUUAUAAUUGACUUAGUAUCUCAAUUUUGACUUUGUAUGAAAUACUAAGUCAUAAUUAUGAUAAAUGUCUACUUUAAUCUCCAAUUUCUAAUUCAAUCUAUAUCAAUCUCAAUUAUGACAUAUCUCAUAGUAUAGAUAUUUUAUUAUUUUAAAGGUGAAAUUACGUUAAGUCAGUUAUGAGUCAAUAUUGAUCUAUUGUCAUAAUUGAGAUAGUCAAACACAUCUACUGUCAUAAUUUAUCUCAGCACCUCAUACAAAGUCAAAAUUAUAAGAUAUUUCUACUUUGUCAUAAUUGUAUUUUGCCAAUCUCGAUUAUGAUUUAGUAUCUCAUAAUUUAGGAUUUUUUUAUUAUUAUUUUAAGAUUGAAACUAGACUGUAAGUCAUAGUUAUGAGAGUCAAAAUUAUGAGAUACUAAGUCAUAAUUGAGAUAAAAGAAUCAAAAUUGACAAACAAAUCUACUUUGUCAUAAUUAUUACCUAAUAUCUCAUAAUGUUGGCUUUUUAUACAAAGAAAAAAAAAAAAAACUUUCACCAAAGCUUAGGGGGCAGAAAUGAGAUUCUAUUAAAAAUAUGACCUGGACAUGUUGUGAGAUUCAUCCUACUGCUAACUUUCAUCUCAUUUGCAAAUGUAGUUUUUCCUUCUAAAACUAAGCUGACGUGAAGUUAGUCAUUCGUACCGUAGAGAAACAAACACAAUAUGAUUCGAAAAGACAAAACAUAACUAUCCUUUUGUCUCAUAUUUUUCUAAGAUGUGUUUGCAUGAGUGAAUAUGUAACAGCCAUUUAUUUUUCUUCGGUUAAGAGGCUUGCUGGCUUUGGCAGAGGUCACUGAAACGUCAUAGGAGUUUUUCAGCUCUGAUUUGCUCUGAAGUGCUCUAAGAUCAUGUGACAUUCUAGUGCUGGUUUCCAUGUAUGCGAUUCUAGAAAUACUUCAGAAGCUCUGCGUUUAGGAUCAGUGUUGUGGAAUCCUCGCUAAUCAUUUAUGCGGUAGAUGGUGUAAACAUUGGCUUCUGUCAUAUAAAAUAACAGCCAAUGAGAUGUCAGCUUUACUGCCAUUUGCAUAUCACCAAUCUAUUCAAAAUAAAUAGGCUGGUGUUUCAAAGUACUGCAUGCAAGUUUGCCAGACAUCACAUCCUUUUGUCUUUAAUGCUCUAUGUGGUUCUUCACAGAGUUGCAUAACCAAGGGGUUCAGACCUGACUGAGCAGAACUAAUCAGUCGAUCUCAAAGCCACAGUUUCAUUACCAAUUAAUUACAGUGCAGAAUUGAGUACUGGAUCGAUGGCAGACAAAGGAAGUCUAUUUUUAGACUCUGGUUGUAAAAACUGUUGACAGCCUGUGGAUGGCUUUGAUGGAUGUCAUGAACUCUGCAUGUUUGUAACACACACACAAACAUCCGGUGAUGUCUGUAACCCUUUUAAAAUCAUCUUUAUUCUAUACUGAUCCACCUCAUGUUAAAAAGAAGUAAUUUUAACAUCAUACUUACUUAAUAAAUAUCUUGUUCUUUUAUUGAUCAUA